CAGAAUCCCUACCCAUUUAAUUUCUCUGUCGUACUAAACAAGGCUCCCCUUUUCCCUUAUUGUUAUUACUUUCGUGAGGUUCAACCUAGUAAUUUUCCAGCUUCCCUCCCAUUUUCUUGCCCUGCUUUGCCAAUUAACUAGAUUUUUAUUUUUCCCUCCUUUUCCAUUCCUCUUUUUUUUCUACCCUAGUAUUACAAUCCAAGAGAGGUCAAUCCUAGGUUGUCGUGCAGCUAGUGCACCAAUAUCGCGACCUUCUCCAGAAGUGUCCCAACCCCCCCUCUCCCUCUCCUACCCCCUUCCCACUCAACGUCCUUCCUUGUGUUAUCUUUUCCCGACUAGCCAUUGUAACUCCGUUUUCUACUUCCCUUUUCCUCACUCCUUGUUGGCGACUCACCCACGCUCCUUAACCAAAUUCCUCAAGAGUCGAGAGCUUCUAUCGUCUUGGCCGAAUAAUAUACGAGGAGUCAAUCGCAGCACGUCACCACCAGCCAUGUCGCUCUUCAGCUGGUGCUCGAAAAGAGUCGGAGGGCUGGCCAUGCUAAUGACCAUAGCCCUCAGCUAUUGGGUUAUCUCCAAGGAAGCAGCUGUAGUGCGAUAUGACUACAAGUAUAUCCCACAGGAUUCACUAAGCAAACCGUCGCAUUCGACCGUCUCUGCCUCCUCAGAGGGAGGUGGUAUCUGGACCCUCGUCUUCGCCUACUACUGCCUUCUAAUUCAUAUACUGGUUUUCGCCUUCCCGAUGCGAUCAUGCUGGGCUCUAUUCGACGUAACUCGGAACUUGACAAAGGUUGCGCGUAGCACAUCGCUCAGGGAUUUCAAGCUAACCCACCGUCGUCGCGGCUCAUCUACCUCUCUCUCCAGCUCCGAGACACUGACGUCCUCCAAGGAAGAUUCGCUCCCUUCUUCUGCUACCAGCAGCGAGGCUGGCGACAUCGAAACUGAGUUCUACACCGACGCUGACAGUGUCCACGAGCAAAUUGUUCACGCAAUUGUUAUUCCCAACUACAAGGAGGAAGUGGAUAGCUUGAGAGAGACGCUCGAUGUUUUGGCUUCGCACCCCCAAGCUCGAUCCGACUAUGAUGUCUACCUCGCUAUGGAACAACGUGAACACAACGUCGAGAUGAAGGCUAUGGGUCUCAUUCAGGAAUUCGUCAAGAAGUUUCGUUCAAUCGACUUUACCCUCCACCCUUCUGAUAUCCCUGGCGAGUCUCCUGGAAAGGGUAGCAACAUGGCAUGGGCUGCGCGUAAACUCAGUGAGCGGUAUACUUCAACUAUGAGGAAGAACGUGAUUGUCACUGGAAUCGAUGCCGAUAGCCAUCUGUCAACAAACUACUUCGCUCAGCUCACGAACAUGCACGUGUCUUACCCUGAAACUGCAAGUACUACUUUGUAUUCUGCUCCUAUCAUCUUCGACCGCAAUGCCCAUGCUGUCCCUGCUAUUGUCCGUGUGGCAGAUAUUCUAUGGGCUGCCGCUGGUCUCUCUGGUCUCUACCGCGGUUCAACUAUCUCUCCCCCUACCUCUGUCUAUUCCGUGCCGCUUCCGUUGGUCGACCGAGUUGGAGGUUGGGACGGUGAUUCCGAAGCUAUUGGCGAGGAUUUGCACAUGUACCUGAAGUGUUUCUUUGCGCUCAACGGUCACUUGACCGGAAGGGCCAUCAUGAGUCCCGUUAGUCAGAGCAAUGUUAAGGGUAACGGCGGUAAGGGCGUCCAAGAGGUAUACAACGACAUGCAGGCCCGUUAUAAGCAAGCUUUACGACACAUGUGGGGAGCUUUGGAUUCUGGUUUCGCUCUUCGGAAGUUUGUGGAGCUCUGGCAAGAACGACAUCACACCGCCAGAGCUUUCCGUCCCCUCCACGUCGCAUUAAACAACCCUACCGAUUCAUAUAUCACCCAAAGUCAGCUCGACAUUAGCCCAGAGCAGACUCUUGAGAGCCAGGUUUUCCACGAUGUUACUUCCGAUACGCUAAAAGAGCCUGACUGGAAGCGGAUCAUCGUCCUUUUUCACCGACUUUUCGAGGCUCACUUCUUACCCCUGCAGAUGACCAUCCUCGUUGUUGCUUCGACAUUGUACAUGUGGGUUACUGAUAACUCGGACCCUCACCAGCUGGGUUGGCUCUUCACUGUUUGCAACGUCUUGAGGACAGCAGGCCUUAUGGAGGUCGUAGUUAUGCUGUUCCUAUACGAGAAGUUCCACAAGAUUUGUGUCACUACGCGCGAGAGAGAAAUGAACGAGGCUGGUCUAUCCAAGGGGAUGUGUUUCUCUCAUCGUCAUGUUAAGAAGAACUUUUUCGACUACGCCAUGGCGCCGCUUGUGGCGCCGCUAUAUGGGUCGAUACCGACAGCUCAGGCUCAACUAAUGCACUUUUUUACGUUAGAUCUAGUGUACACGGUCAGCAAAAAAGUUACGCGGCAAAGGGCAAAGUCUGUGCUCGCAAAUGUUAUGCCGUAAAUGAGUUUGGUUAUUUUGAGUUUAAUAAUAUUCGUCCAGACCGGCUACCGCGGUGGUUCGGGUCGUGCGCUUUCAGUUCGAUUCUCUAUCAACCCGUUGAAGACCGACGAAGCGAGCGAACUUUUCAGAAUUUUUGAAAGAAAGCUCCAAGGAGCUAUGUGUAAAUAGAGGGCAUGAUGUUGAUAUGCAUGGCAUCGGCACUGGCAUUCUAGAUACGGGGAUCCUUAUUCUGGGCUCACGGAGUUCUAGGAGCAAAUCGCAGGAACACAAGACGUUUUUCCUGCCGGCAUUCGUUUACGAGGCAAGAGAGAUAGUGGCCGGGAAGAGUACGGCUCAGCAGUCCAAAUCGGCUCGUCGGGGUCGAGGGACGCAUCUGUCCGAUUGGGGGGCGGGCUAGCCCAGCGAGGACGAGAAUCGGGUUUUAUGAUGGGGAGAACCCAAGAUACCUAAUGCGCGAACCUAGCCCGGUAAUAUUUAAUAUUCAUGUACAUAACGAGGCGCCAUCCUCCGACGGGGCUGGUGGAUUGGGAGCACGCCGGUGAACGAGAAUAGUUGUCAAGUAGUACUCUUGAAACUUACAACGAUAAAUGAUACAUCGUAUUGCUCUAGA